AUGGCUCCUCAGAAAGGUAACAAGUGGAGCCACCUCACCACCAAUCUUACCAGCACAACUCCCGGGUACCUGCAUGAAAUAUACCACGGUGAAGCCUACGAAGUAACAACAGGACCACUAUAUGGACACAUCGAGCCCCCCUCCGCCAAAGUUAUCAAAAAAGCCUCUUCUCCCCUGACAUUGGAUACAAGGGGAGAGAAAAGUUGGUGGGAAAGAGCUAAAACCACUUCGAAACUCACAUGCAUUGUCGGCUUCAUUGCUUUCUGCAUCUUCUUUGCAUUCGUGGUGGGCGUGCCUGCCGCUUUAGCGACUCGAACUGCCAAGAGGAAAGGAGGCCGACCCAGCCCCGUACCACAUCCGCCCGAGGAAACAAACGAUCAGCUGAUGUCUGCGUUGGACCUUCCUAUGGAACCGACCAUUCUUCCACGGGGGCAUUCAGUAGAUGGCAAAAUCCCAAAUACUGCUCUCUUCUCACCACAAGGAUUUGUGACUGUGACAACCCUCCAGGGUUAG